AUGGCGUCGGGUGGGAAUCGACAAAACGGUGCGGGGAUGGAUCAACGGCAACAAGCUGGGCGAAGCAGAGAAAGCGAUUGCGAGCAGCACCCGAGGUCAGGAAUGGGAUCUGAGUGCGAGAGAUCGCCGUCCACUUUGGCAACAAACCCCGUUUUUACGCGUAUUGCAUUCGUGUGCUGGAGUGCUCAUGAACUCUUUGCGUUUAUUACAUUGAAUCGUGAAGUAUUAACCAAUGAAUUCAUUGCGAAACUUUUCUGCAGACUGAUGAAACCGUUGACAGUUUGGAAGCAAGUAUUGGUAAUUCACGAAAAUCGAAAGAAAUGGUCGCUGCAAAAUGUGUAA